CUGCCUAGUGGAAAUAAUAUAGUACGUCAUUAAUAUGGCGCCAAAAGAUUGGGUUCUCGAUAUGUAGCGAGGAGGGAGGGUAGGCAGCCGCCGAGCGCAGCCUUACUAUCCCACCAGUAACUUGGCCAUUGCUGGGGUGGGGGCCGGAGGAGGAGGAGAGGAUGAUUUUUGGAGCCUGAGAAUUGAUUUAUGUUGGAUCAGCUGCCUGCUGUUUUCCGGGGAGAUCAUGAAACGAGGUCGCCUUCCCAGCAGCAGCGAGGACUCGGACGACAAUGGCAGCCUGUCGACCACUUGGUCUCAGAACUCCCGGACCCAGCACAGGAGAAGCUCCUGCUCCAGACCCGAGGACCGGAAGCCCUCCGAGGUGUUUCGGACGGACCUGAUCACCGCCAUGAAGCUGCACGACUCCUACCAGCUGAACCCGGAUGAGUACUAUGUGUUGGCAGACCCCUGGCGGCAGGAGUGGGAGAAGGGGGUCCAGGUGCCAGUGAGCCCAGGGACCAUCCCGCAGCCUGUGGCCAGGGUUGUGUCGGAAGAGAAGCCCCUCGUGUUCAUCAGGCCCAAGAAACACAUCGUCUCCUCAGGCCCCGAGCCCCCUGAGCUGGGCGGCGUGGGCCUCCGCGUGCUGGCCGACGGCGUGUGCCGCUACGACCUCAACGACAUGGACGCCGCCUGGCUGGAGCUGACCAACGAGGAGUUCAAGGAGAUGGGGAUGCCCGAGCUGGACGAGUACACGAUGGAGCGCGUGCUGGAGGAGUUCGAGCAGCGCUGCUACGACAACAUGAACCACGCCAUCGAGACGGAGGAGGGCCUGGGCAUCGAGUACGACGAAGACGUCGUGUGUGACGUCUGCCAGUCGCCAGACGGCGAGGACGGCAACGAGAUGGUGUUCUGCGACAAGUGCAACAUCUGCGUGCACCAGGCCUGCUACGGAAUCCUCAAGGUCCCUGAGGGCAGCUGGCUGUGCAGGACGUGUGCCCUGGGCGUGCGGCCCAAGUGUCUGCUUUGUCCCAAGAAAGGCGGCGCCAUGAAGCCCACCCGCAGCGGGACCAAGUGGGUGCACGUCAGCUGUGCUCUGUGGAUCCCCGAGGUGAGCAUCGGCAGCCCCGAGAAGAUGGAGCCCAUCACAAAGGUGUCCCACAUCCCCAGCAGCCGGUGGGCCCUGGUGUGCAGCCUCUGCAACGAGAAGUGCGGGGCCUCCAUCCAGUGCUCCGUGAAGAACUGCCGCACGGCUUUCCACGUGACCUGUGCUUUCGACCAGGGCCUGGAGAUGAAGACCAUCUUGGCGGAGAACGACGAAGUCAAGUUCAAGUCCUACUGCCCGAAGCACAGCGCCCACAGGAAAGCCGAGGAGAGCCUCGGGGAGGGGGCCGCUCAGGAGAACGGGGGCCCGGAGUGCCCCCCGCGGAGCGCGCUGGAGCCCUUCGCCAGCCUCGAGCAGAACCAGGAGGAGGCGCACCGGGUGAGCGUGCGGAAGCAGAAGCUGCAGCAGCUGGAGGACGAGUUCUACACCUUCGUCAACCUGCUGGACGUCGCCAGGGCCCUGCGGCUGCCCGAGGAGGUGGUGGACUUCCUGUACCAGUACUGGAAGUUGAAGAGGAAGGUCAACUUCAACAAGCCCCUGAUCACCCCGAAGAAGGACGAGGAGGACAAUCUGGCGAAGCGGGAGCAGGACGUCUUGUUUAGGAGGCUGCAGCUGUUCACGCACCUGCGGCAGGACCUGGAGAGGGUUCGGAACCUCACUUACAUGGUGACCCGCAGGGAAAAGAUUAAGCGAUCUGUGUGCAAAGUCCAGGAACAGAUAUUCAAUCUUUACACUAAGCUCUUGGAGCAAGAAAGAGUUUCAGGUGUGCCUUCUUCGUCCUGCUCCUCCUCCUCGCUGGAACGCAUGCUUCUGUUCAACAGCCCCUCUGUGGGCCCCGACGCCCCCAAGAUAGAGGACCUGAAGUGGCAUUCCGCCUUCUUCAGGAAGCAAAUGGUGCGUUCGCGGAAGAAGCCCCACAAGCGAGAUGCGUUGCCCGGCAGCGCCCGGGCGGCAGGCAAGACCCUGCUCAGGCCGCCAGGCCUGUGCGGGCGCAGGGAGGGCGCGGGUCUCCCCGGGAGCAUCCUGAGUUUGGAAAAGACCUUGGCAGAGGCACGGCUCCUGUCCGCACAGCAGAAAAACGGGGCGCUGGUGCCCGACCCCGGGCACAGGAAGGACCACCGAUUCCAUUGUGACCUCAGCAAGGGAGACGUCAAGGACAGACCCUUGAAACAGAGCCACAAGCCCCUCAGGUGCACAGACGCGCCCCAGCGGCAUCAUCCGGACCACGCGCGGGCCGCCGCCGCCUCCCCCGCGGCGCCGGGCACGAGGAAGGAGGCGGUGCCCAAGUGCAACGGCUCGCUGGUCAGGGCGAGCUGCGCCCAGGCCGCGGUCAAAGUGCCUACGACACCGGCCAGCCCCGUGAAAAACUGGGGCGGCUUCCGGAUUCCAAAGAAGGGGGAGCGGCAGCAGCAGGGCGAGGCGCCGGAGGCUGCCGGCCACCAGCACGCGGACUACCCCUACUUGGGCCUGGGCCGCGCCCCAGCCCAGGAGAGGGCGAAGGGCAAGGUGAAGUCGGACAGCGAGAACGACGGGUACGCCCCGGACGUGGAGAUGAGCGACUCCGAGAGCGAGGCGUCGGAAAAGAAGUGCACGCACGCCAGCGGCGCCAUGGGCCGGCGGACAGACAUCAUCCGCAGGAGCAUCUUGGCCUCUUGAUGAAGCGGCCGGCGCGGGGCUCUGCGGCGCGGUCCUCGCCGCCAGACGGGCGCCACACGGGGGACCCGCGGAGACCCGGCUCCCCUGAGCCACGCAGACACGUUUACUUGCAAUUCAGAUUGAAUUUUUUUUUCUGAGUCAUUUAUAUGAACUGUUGUGAGAAGUGUGUGUUAUUUCCAACUUGUUGAGGAGACACAAGAGUAGGUUGUAACUGUAAGACACUGCUAAACUGGAAGCUGAAUUAAACACUAAACUGAGAAUGAAUGAAGUCAGUCUUGAAAGAGGGCAAGGAUUACAUAAGCUUCGUGAGUUUUUAUUGCUCUCUGUAUUCUUCCCAAAGCACAAACUCUUGGUUACCUGAAAACACGGAAUCAGACAUGGUUCUCGAGAAACCCUCACGUACUGUCGAAUAGCCCGUAACGCUCACUCUCUAGGACUGUGGCGGACCUGGGAGUCAUGUUCCUGCUGCGGCCCACGGGCUGUUUUCCUCGAGUAAGAGUGUAUUAGGCAGCAGCGGCGAAGCUUCAGGAGCUCUGGGGAAUUUAUGUGUAAAUACACCAGAUGGGGAGGAGAGAGCUUUUUUUGAAAUAGGUCAUCUCUGGAAGAUCCGAAGGGACAGGGCAGAGCUGCUGCAGCUUGAAUUUAGGGGGCAGGUCGCCCUGUCCCGCUGCCUGAACUGGGUUGUGGUUGUAGGACUGGUGGAGAGAGAAGCCAUUAGGAAGUUCCGUGGGUGAGGAAGGGCACCGAGGCCCCGCUUGGACCUGUCCCCUUCCCCUCCCUCUUCCCCAACCAUUGCCCUGUGGGCUGGCUCGGGGUUUCCCUGGCCAUUAGCAGUACCUGGCCUGGCCAUCUGGCUUCCAACAACGCAGUGGUCAUUCAGGUUCAAGUGAUGAACUUCAGAUUCUGGUGACUCAUACUUCCCAGGUCCAGCCACCAACCAGUGCAUGUGUCAGGGAAUCCGGCUUCCCACGUGAAUGGAUUCCUUAAAAACGAGGAAAAAAGAAGAAAAAAAGGAAAAAAGAUGUUAUAUUUUAAAAACAAUAGAAAGGCAAUAAUAAGUUGCGAAAACCUCUUACCAUUGACCAAGUUUAUACAGGAAGGAGAUUUAAGUGUAACAGGUUUUCUGGAGUCAGUUCUAGGCUCUGGUUUGUAACUUGGACUUUCUCAUUGCAAAUGGCAAUAACUCGUAAGUUAUCAGCAAUAAAUUUAGCAUUGAAUUUGAGUACAGCGUUUUGUUUUUUGCACUCACUGCAGUGCUUAUGUAUUAAGACAGUGGGUAGUGUUAAGGUCCUGUUAAUUUUCUUUGGAUUUCAAUGUAGUUGUGCAUCGAACUUAAGGAAAGUUUAAGUAGCGAUGAGAUUGAGAGCUGCAGGCACUCGAAACAAGCCCAGCUCCCCCUAAAUUACCCCCGUAGUUUGUUAAUGCCAGUAUUCAGAUUCCUGGUUCAUUUAUACAUGUGUUUCCAUGUGGCAGGGACAUUCUGAUAAUGAAUAAUGCUUUGAGUUCCACAGUUAACUUUCAAGUCUUCCAGAGGAUUGUCCACAACAAAAAAAGGCUGAAUGAAUUCCAUCUUGCUAUGCAAGUUUUAUCAGAUGAUCAAAUAGUAGAUCGGAUGCAUCCCCGUUGUGUGUAGGACAUUUUCAAACCAAGUCUUAACUUUUUUGGAUAUAUUGUAGUAGCUGAUUCAGGGGAGGGGAAAGGAUGACCCGGGUUUUUAGAUGGACUAUUUUUGAGCUACAGGGGCUCACUUUGAAACACUGCUGUCCAGGCAAGCUGUUGCUACAGAUAUUAGAAGUUCCUUACAAAUCCAAGUUGUCCAUUCGCUCGUAACCUAAUUUAAAAGUCAGAUUUUUUUGCAUAUGAGCAAAAAAUCUUUUGCUGAGUACAGAAGAAGGUGGACGCUAUCUACGGUUAUCUUCUGGCCCCAGCAGCAGCUCUGGGUGGAGGAGAUGGAGGGGUGAUGUGUGAAGCCAUAGAAAGAAAAUCAGAAUUCUAGGAAGCGUUAUGACCUCUCACCAUUUUAGGAGGUACCAGAUUCAUUUGCACUAUUAGGAAUGCUAGUGUCGUGCAAAAAUAAUGCCUUACCUGUUUUUUCCCCCACAUUUAGGUUGAAAAGCUUUCAAACGUUCCAAGUUAUGCUGAACCAAAAAAAAAAACAACAAACAAAAACAUAAAACAAAAAAAUUAAAAAAAAAUCCCACAUGAGAACAAAACACAAAAGUAAAAAGCCCACAACCUUUAUUUCUGCUUUGAAAUGCAAAUAGGAGAGCUCGGGUUUCUGAUCGUGGAAGGACAGCUUUGCAAGUUGGUUUCCUGCCCUGCUGGGGGUGCUGUAUGAGGCCACCAGGCAGCAGCCCGCUCUACCCACUUGCACUCUCCUAGUGGGCUACCAUUUGCUCUUUUCUUUUUUUUCUUUCUUUUUAAGCUUUAUCUUUCCUUGUGCAUCCUGACCAAGAAAUAUCUUUGAUUAUGAUCAAUGUUUAUGUCAGUGUAGCUAGUUAAACUUUUGUAAAGUUGCCUGGAAUGUCAUUUGUUAGGUUAUAAACACAAAUCUCAAUGAAGGGUUCUAUGUGUUGUGUACAAAUCUUAAUUAUUUUGAAAUGGACAAACUUGUCAUUACAUUUGUAACCUUGUACAGAGAAUUUUUCACUAUGUGCCUAGCUUGGUGUCCAUUCAGCUAAAAUUGAAGAAAAAGGUGCAUGAAGAGUUAAAAAUCAGAAAUUAAACAAAGUAUAUGUAGAGAUGACUAUUUUAUAUGACAUGGCCCAAUCCUGUAUUUAUUUCUACCCCUUUUUUGAAAGUAUUUAUAAAACUAGUUGAGGACAGCUGUAUUUUUUUGUUGAACUAUUUAGUAGAAUUUGUGCCUUUUUGUCUGUAUGUGAAUAAAUGCUGUACA